AUGGGAACUCGCGACUUCCACCGGCAAGUAAGCAGGCUGCCCGGAUCAAGCGCAAUCCUGAGGCAACCGUUGGUGUGCGGUGAUAGGAGCGAGGGCUUCACAGUUCUAAAGCGUCGUGCCUUCACAUCUGCCUCCAUAUCUCGAUACGCGGACGACUCGAAGGAUAAGGUUCAACCGAGCACCGGCAAGCAAGAGGACAGGUACAACGGUCCGGAGCCUUCACCACUAGACAAUGCAUCAAAUAGGAGUACAUCGUCCACGCACAAUGCGAUAGACCAAGUCAAGCCCCCAGAACCCUCGUCGUCAUCAGGAACCGCCACUUCAGCCUCUUCAAGGGACACGAACACCAAGAGCAGCAACAUCGCCGCUGACACUCAAUCAGCUAUUCUCGAGCGUCUUCGCACCGCCGCAACCUCUCUUCCCUCCUUCGAUGGUCUCACCUCCUCCACUUCGCUCUCCGCUACACUAUCCUCCAUCACCACGCACACAUCCACCCUGCUCACCACCCUCCGCACCAAGAUCUCGCACCUCUCGACGCAAUACAACACGCACACGGGCUACUCCGCGAUCGAAGACCUCAAGGCGCGCAUCAGCUCCCUCGAGACCGCGCUCGAAGCCGCACGAACCCUCGCAACUACCGCCAAGAAGACCUAUCUGUCGGCAGUGCAGAGUCGGAGCGCGAGUCAGCGCGAGACCAACGACUUGCUGUCGCGCAAGAGUUCGUGGGACGAGCGCGAUCUGUCGCAGUAUACGGAGCUGCUGCGCAAAGAACAUGCAUUGAGCAAGCAGGAAGUGGAGGCGGAAAAAGUGCUCGAGAGGAGCGAGGCCGAAGUGCAGGCUUGCUUCGAUGAGCUGAUGAAGGCCGUCAUGGUGCGGUACCACGAGGAGCAGAUCUGGUCGGAUCGCAUGAGGGGGAUGAGCACGUAUGGCAGCUUGGUCGUUGCCGGCUUGAAUGCGUUCCUGUUCAUUCUAGCUAUCCUGCUGGUCGAGCCGUACAAGCGCAAAAAGUUGGCCGAAACAUUCGAAUCACGAUUGGUAGCAGCCGAGCAGGAGUCGAGACAGCUCAUCCUGGCUAGCGUUGAUCAGUUCCAACACUCGCUCAGCAGCGUCUUAACCCCAUCAUCAACGCCAACAGCACAUACCGACGCACCGACAGAGCAUCUCACACCGUUGGUGCCGCAAGCAGAAGAGCACAAAGCGGCAGCAGCGAUCCAGCCCAUCGACGCACCUUCGGCUGCGGUUGUGAUGGAAGCACAUCGCAAACGCGACGAAGAGCGUCUGGUCUUCGCUUCCACCCUCGGCGUGGUUGUUGGGGCUGCACUGUCGCUCAUCAUCAGCGCAUGUUGGUCUUGA